GUUUUUUUCUGUUAUUUUUGUUGCAUUUGUGCAACAUAAUGUCCGAUGUUCGCCUGUCGAAUGCCAGUCCGACCUUGGAGAGGGGGGUCGGGGACGCGCGUCCAGCCGAGCCAGCGAAGCCCUCCGUCUGCCGUAACCUGUUCGGUCGCUCGGAGCGGGAGGGCUUCGAAAAGGACUGCAGGGCGACUAUGCACACUGCGCAGCGGGCUUUCGCAGAGAGGUGGGAUUACGACACGGUCGAAGAUCAGCCUAUUUCCACGCGAAGUCUUGAGUGGGAGCCCGUCGAGUCUCCCCCGGAGUUCUACGUAAGACCGGCGCACAAGCGACCUUGUCCCCGUGGGAUGUUCGACCCACCUGGAAGCGACUCCCGGCCAGAACCCGGGCAGGACGGGAUACUGCUGAACCGUGAGCCGGUGAAGGGUUCGAGGAAAAGGCGAGCCACACCGUUAGAUGGUUGUUUGUCUGGGUGCCAAACUAAACAUUACCUGUCGGACGAGGAUGAGGACCGCGACCAGCCUGACCCCCUCGGAUUCCCGACCCUAACGCUCGCCGAACAGACCCCGAGAAAGCCUGAGAGCCAAACCAACUCCAAAUGUGUGUCUCCUCUAUCCGGCAGAACUGUGGUGGAUACUGGAGGAGGAGAGAGAGAGAGAGAGAGGAGUCUCAGCAGCCUCUCUGCGAAAGGAGGAGGAGGAGGGUCAAGCACUGAAUAUAUACAACUGUUCAACUUUCGGCACUUGUCAUCAAAAUUGCCUCAAAAGCAGACCAUGUAGCAGCGUGCAAAUGGAUUGUUUUUCCUUUUUGCGCAGAUAUUUCCUAACUUUGUUUCAGAUGUAGCACAUCAUUAUGUAACUGGCUUUUCAUAAAAGUUCUGUUAUUUGACUUUGGUGAUACUUUCGAGACUGUAAAUUGUAAGUGCUGCGGGGAAAUUGCAGUGCAAAUUGAAUUAUGAUUUAGCAGAGCAAUAGACUUGGAAUGUCAGGGUAGACAGAAGUAAAAUGUAUUUUUUUUGCAUAGCUUUAUUUGUCCAAGGGGAUAUGGUCGGUUUUUGGUCCCACUUUAGUAGUUUUUUAGGCUCUGACUUGGGAAACACUGGGGCAUACUGCUGGGACCAGCAAUGGAAAAAAUAAUGUUUACAGACAAAUCAUGUCUCCUUUCGUCAUAUUGAAUGACGUUUUUAUGCGUGCCAAUCAUAUCAUUCUCUUUCUAAUUUGCUAACGUUUUGCGUGUUUUGUGUUGGCAUGGCCGGACUGCAGAGGGAUCUAGAAGAAUCAUCUCUUGUUUUCCAAAACGACUCAUCAAUAUGACCAAUAUUACUCCCCUUCUAGGAACCCCACAUACCAGCAAAGUUACACAGUAUGACUGGUAAAAAAAAUGUUUUUGUGGAAUUCAUGUAGAACAUGAGAUUGCACUAUGUGUGUGUGUUACACUGAGAAAAUUAUACUAACUUAUUUAUCUUGAGCUUUUGUCUGUGUACAAGAUGGCUUGCCAAAGUGACUUGAAUGUGCUUUUUCAUAAAUUGUUUUCCUUAUUUGUUUAUGAAGGUAAAUAAAAGGUUGCAAAACUGAGCAAUAUUCGAUUUACACAUUUAUGAAAUAUCAGUCUUUCUAAAACAGUAAUACUCUAGCUCUAACUUAACGCACAACGUCUUGAAAUUUGUGGGAGUGCUUGUGAGAAAUGAUAACCAUUUUACAAUCACAGCAAGAUUCUAUGCUUGAGUUUUUUCUUAAAAUUAAAUCGAAUCAACAAAUAACGCAAUCCACAAUGCAUAUCAAAUUACGCUUUAAUAAACUUGGAUGAACAUUUUGAGGACAGACGUCCGUGUGGACAUGCAUACAGACAUUCUCUGGUGGAAUGAGCCCCACUGUUCGAGUGGAAAACAAGGGCGGGGCUAGAACACAAAAAAAACACGGACAAGGAUAGCCACUGAGCAGAGAGGACUCCCUACCCUCUCUUACUCAUUCUCCUCUCAUUUCACUUUACUCUCCUUUUUGCUGUGAAAGACGAUUACAUACUGUUCUCUUUUCAGAAAACCCACACCUCUGAGUUAUGUUUUAUCCUGUUCUAACGGCCGACAUGAAACGGACCAAUGCUAUGGCUAGAUGUGCUCUCUAGACCAACAGGGAAACCAGGGAUCCCAAUCCCUAUAUUGUGGACCUUGAAAUUCAACUGGCACUUGAAUGUGGAACACGUUUUUUUGGGGGAAUUUUAGUGCAUUAAAAAAAUUAUUGCCUUCUAAGCCGAUGUCAAAUUUGAAUGGCCUUGAAGGUUUUGAAAUUCAAACUAUAUAUAUAUAUAUAUAUAUCGUUUAGUUUUAGCACACUUGUCUAAGACGGGACAUUUAAUGCAUUCAAAAAGUUGUGAAAUAUAAUCAGAGAUGAUAUAGUGUUUAAGAGGGAAGCGUGGGAUCACCACGACCGUUCAGAGGUCAAGUGGUUGUGGGACAAUUUCAUCUUCAUUGUUCAAGACCAUAGACCUCGGUCAUUUGUGGCUGCCUCCUGCAGGUUUUAAACCUUGAGUCAUUCUGGGGCAGUGCCACAAUACUAGGUGUAUGUGUAGUAUAAAAUUCCAGUUUACCAGUUAAUACGUGGGGGUGCCUAAGUUUGAGCAUUACGUGAUCAACCUGACUAACUACAUAAGUUAACCCACCUAGUGUAAAACACAACCACAGUCUAGAUCAGGGGUGGGCAAUAAUUGUUCAUCGGGGGCCACAUAAGAAAUUCUGAAUGCCUUUGAGGGCCAAGGAAAUUCUGCCUUGUCUUAACCAUUAUAAAAAUAUAUCUCUUAUAUACUCUUAUUUAUAAUUUAUAAGUCACUAC